AAGCCGGAAGCGUGCUUGUUCCGAAUACUGUCUUAAGUGUUUGUUUCAAAACCAGUUAUGGCAAAUAAAAGUACUUCAACCUUCAAGUUUCUAAUCGAUGCUAGUCAUUAUUAUAAAGACAUCUGCCCGGAGCAAGCGCGAUUUUUGAUGAGGAGGUUUCAGUCUCUAUCAGGUGAGAGCCUCCCGGAGGAAUCAGUCUGCCCAUUCUGCUCCCAGUGGCGGCAGCCGGACAACUACCAUGUGAGGGUCAGGCCAAAGCGGAAGGCCUCGAGCCGGGUGCAGCAGCUCCUGAGAAGAGAGGCAUCGCGGCGCCAUUUGAACGUGGAGCAGGCGAGGGUCCUGCGGAAGUUCCAUGGCUCCAGGAGCAUGCUGAUGGCCACAUGUCACACCUGCCACAGGAAGUCGAAGAAAAGCGGUUCGCUGCGAAACUUUUUAGCGUCUUUAUCCAAAGGCCAGAGCACUCCCGAGGGCACCAAUAAAGACAGCUCUGCAACUAAGACCCCCAGGAGCCUGAGCAGAUCAGUUUCGGAACUCUUCAAGUCCUCCAGGAGGACCACCCCCUUCAGUACGCCGCGGUCAGCGUCCACCGAUUCGGGCAUCUCCCCAAAACCAGACAGUGGGACGUUCUCCUUCUCCCGUCUCAGGAAGCUGCUGAUCUCGGGCGACACUCAGACGAGCAAAAACGGCACUUUAAAGGACUUCCUGUCCUCUCUGUGAGCUGCGAGAGGAAGGACGGGCCGCUGGGGUUCACAGCGAGGGCCGGGAUGGUCACCUGCCAGCCAUAGAGAUGGUUGUCGCUUUUAAUACAUCUGCGGCUCAGAAACAUCAGAUAGUCUUACGAGGUUAGCCCGCAGAAGAACCUCCGGUGAAUCCUGCCUCGUCUCACUCCUGGAGAAAAGGAGGGAUUCAGAAAUGUGAAAAGAUGAGUUGCCUCUAAAGGGAUAUUUACGUUCCGCUUUCUGACGAUUAGGUUCUUGUUCAAGUGAAAAGUGCACAUUUUAUCUGACGUGUCCUUCAAUGCUGACUUUACAUGUUUGGCUUCUCUAAUGUGUAAAUUAAUAAACGGCCUGAAUUAAGUCAUCCGACAGAACACCCAGGAUAACUCUUCUUUCGUAAACAGAAAGGCUUUCUGCAAUAAAACACUGAUAUUGCCAUUAUUUUAGUCUUUUUGUAUCAUACUUUCAUUUUUCCUUGGAUGUAAUACAGGAGUUUAAUGAACCGUAUUAUAAAGAGGAUUUUUGGAGUAUCUUCGGCUGGCUGGACUAUUUAUUGCACUCGAGUUCUAGCUUAAAUAUCCCAUUUUAUAUAAAUCUUUUUCAGUUGCAGUACGUGUAUUUGCGGUGGAUAUCAUUAUGCUGGUCUUUAUUAAGAAGUAGGCCUAGAUAAUUAUCAAAUAAUAAAAUGCUGUGUUUUGUGUUCUAUUAAAUGUAAAUAAAGAAGUUAUUGAAAAA